GCGGGGCCAACGUCAGCCCCGCCUGCACCCAGGUCUCUGCGAGCUCCUCGGGCGACAACGGCGGGAUGGGCCGCAAGGUGACCGUGGCCACUUGCGCGCUCAACCAGUGGGCCCUGGACUUCGAGGGCAAUCUUCAGAGGAUUCUGAGGAGUAUUGAAAUCGCCAAGCAGAAAGGAGCAAGAUACAGGCUUGGGCCAGAGCUGGAGAUAUGCGGUUACGGCUGCUGGGACCAUUUCUACGAGCCCGACACCCUCCUGCACUCGCUGCAGGUGCUGGCGGCCCUGCUGGAGGCCCCGGCCACCCAGGACAUCGUGUGCGAUGUGGGCAUGCCCGUCAUGCACAGGAAUGUCCGCUACAACUGCAGGGUCAUCUUCCUCAACAGGAAGAUCCUGCUCAUCAGGCCCAAGAUGGCCCUGGCCAACGAGGGCAACUACCAGGAGCUGCGCUGGUUCACGCCCUGGGCCCGCAGCCGGCAGACGGAGGACUACUUCCUCCCGCGGAUGAUCCAGGCCCUCACCCAGCAGGAAACUGUGCCCUUCGGGGACGCCGUGCUGGCCACCAGGGACACCUGCAUCGGGAGCGAAAUCUGUGAGGAGCUCUGGACGCCCCACAGCCCGCACGUGGACAUGGGCCUGGACGGCGUGGAGAUUUUCACCAACGCCUCUGGCAGCCACCACGUGUUGCGCAAGGCCCACGCCAGGGUGGACCUGGUGACCGCGGCCACCACCAAGAACGGCGGCAUCUACCUGCUGGCCAAUCAGAAGGGCUGUGACGGGGACAGGCUCUACUUCGACGGCUGCGCCCUCGUCGCCAUGAACGGCCGCCUGUACGCCCAGGGCACCCAGUUCUCGCUGGACGACGUGGAAGUCCUCACGGCCACCCUGGACUUGGAGGACGUCCGGACCUACAGGGCGGAGAUCUCGUCCCGGAACCUGGCGGCCAGCAGGGUGAGCCCCUACCCACGGGUGAAGGUGGACUUUGCCCUCUCAAGCCGUGAGGACCUGGGGGAACAGCUCACGGAGCCCGUGGAGUGGUCGUACCACAGCCUCGGGGAGGAGGUCAGCCUCGGGCCCGCCUGCUGGCUCUGGGACUUCUUAAGACGCAGCCGACAGGCUGGCUUCUUCCUGCCUCUCAGUGGCGGCGUGGACAGUGCGGCCACCGCCUGCCUGGUCUACUCCAUGUGCCGCCAGGUAUGCGAGGCCGUCAGGACCGGAAACCAGCAGGUGCUGGCCGACGUCCGGGCCAUUGUGCAUGACAGUGACUACACCCCCGGGGACCCCCAAGAGCUGUGUGGACGCGUGCUGACCACCUGCUACAUGGCCAGUGAGAACUCUUCCCGGGACACCAGCAACAGGGCCCGGGAGCUGGCCCAGCAGAUUGGCAGCCACCACAUCGGCCUCAGCAUCGAGCCAGCAGUCAGGGCCCUCGUGGGCAUCUUCAGCCUGGUGACGGGGAGGAGCCCCGCGUUCGCGGCUCACGGGGGGAGCAGCCGGGAGAACCUGGCCCUGCAGAAUGUGCAGGCCCGGGUACGCAUGGUCCUGGCCUACCUCCUUGCCCAGCUCAGCCUGUGGUCGCGCGGCCUGCAGGGGUCGCUGCUGGUGCUCGGCUCGGCCAACGUGGACGAGAGCCUCCUGGGCUACCUGACCAAGUACGACUGCUCCAGUGCCGACAUCAACCCCAUCGGCGGCAUCAGCAAGUCAGACCUACGCACCUUCGUGGGGUUCUGUGCCCAACGCUUCCAGCUGACCUCCCUGCAGGGGAUCCUGGCUGCCCCGCCCUCCGCAGAGCUGGAGCCCCUGGCUGACGGGCAGGUGUCGCAGACCGACGAGGAGGAUAUGGGGCUGACGUACGCCGAACUGUCCGUCUGCGGGAGGCUCAGGAAGGUGGCCAAGGCCGGGCCCUACGGCAUGUUCUGCAAGCUGCUGGGCAUGUGGAGGGACUGCGCUCCGCGGCAGGUGGCCGAGAAGGUGAAGCGCUUCUUCUCCCGGUACUCAGCCAACCGGCACAAGAUGACCACGCUCACGCCCGCCUACCACGCCGAGAGCUACAGCCCCGACGACCACAGGUUUGACCCACGGCCCUUCCUGUACCACACCGGCUGGCCCUGGCAGUUCCGCUGCAUUGACGCUCAGGUGCGUCAGCUCGAGAGCAGUGUGCAGCAGGACCCGGACGGCGUGGACUGAGGCCAGCUGCCCCAGGCCCCGACACAGAGCCUGCAGUGACCCCCGAGCCCGCCCGCUGGCCUCCUUUGCACCCGUCUGGAUCCUUCCCACGGGCUGAAAUAAAAGACUGUGGGCCUCCCCUGCA